AUGAGGACAUGCUUCUACACCACCAAGCAAGCUACAUCCUCAGGACACGCCCUUAACAAGUCUAGUCGGGUGCUGGAGCGGAGACCGGAGUAUUUGGAAUACCGUGUGUGUGUGUGUGUGUGUGUGCAUUAUGGGAGUGUAAGUGUGAGUUCCCUUCUCCGAGGUGUGGCAUGUUGUUUACUGAUCCUCUCCUCUCGGCUGCUCCUAUUCUUAGCUGAGCCCUUGCCGUACCCAUCCGGAGGGGGCAAGUCGUUCCUGCUGAGCUCCGAGGACGGCCUGGAGAGCGUGUUGGGCCUGGGAGACCUGGCAGACCUCACCGUGGCCAACGACGAGGCCGAAUACAGCUAUGAUCUGCCGACCAAUAAGGACGCUUUCAGGAAGACGUGGAACCCCAAGUACACGCUGCGCAGCCACUUUGACGGGGUGCGCGCCCUGGCCUUCCACCCCGUGGAGCCCGUGCUGGUCACCGUCUCUGAAGACCACACACUCAAGCUGUGGAACCUGCAGAAGACGGUCCCCGCCAAAAAAAGUGCCUCUCUUGAUGUGGAGCCCAUCUACACCUUCAGAGCCCAUGUUGGGCCUGUGCUCUCCUUGGCGGUCAGCUCCAGCGGAGAGCACUGUUUCAGUGGUGGCAUCGACUCGACCAUUCAGUGGUGGAACAUGCCCAGCUCCAACGUCGACCCAUACGACACCUACGACCCUAGUGUUCUGGCAGGCUCUCUGCUCGGGCACACAGAUGCGGUGUGGGGCCUGACCUACAGUGGCAUCAAGAACCGGCUGCUGUCCUGUUCUGCCGACGGAACCGUGCGGCUCUGGAACCCCAAGGAGAAGACCUCCUGCCUCACCACCUACAAUGUAGAGAAAGAACACGGUAUCCCCACGGCAGUGGACUUCACAGGCUGUGACCCUGCGCACAUGGUGACGUCCUUCAACACGGGCAAUGCCAUCAUCUACGACCUGGAGACGUCCCAGCCCAUCGUAGUGUUCCCCGCUCAGGGCGAGAGCACUCUGCCCGCCGGUAACCACAUCAACAAGGUGGUGAGCCACCCCACACUGCCCGUCACGGUCACUGCCCACGAGGACCGGCACAUCAAAUUCUUUGACAACAAAUCGGGGAAACUCAUCCAUGCCAUGGUGGCUCACUUAGACGCUGUCACCUGCUUGGCAGUGGACCCCAAUGGCAUCUACCUGAUGUCAGGAAGCCAUGACAGUUCAGUGCGCCUGUGGAACUUGGACAGCAAGACGUGCGUGCAGGAGAUCACCGCCCACCGGAAGAAGUCGGACGAGAGCAUCUACGACGUGGCCUUCCACCCGUCCAAGGCCUACAUCGCCAGCGCCGGGGCGGACGCGCUCGCCAAAGUCUUCGUGUAGAGCAGCCGCCUCGGAGCGGGAUAGAGACCUGGAACCCUCACGCACACACACCACACACACACGCACGCACACACACACGCAUACACACACAUACAUGGACAGACUUGAGAAACAGACUGCUUCACUGCCUUGUGUAACGGUAGCAUCCCUGAACACUACAACGAAGCCUCCUCCUCCUGCUCCUGCUCCUGUAGCCCUGGCAGAGCUGAUGCUCGCGAGGACUUCCGGCUGAGGGGGAGCCUCUUUUGCUAGGGGGGGCCGACUGCAGCCCCUCCCCUCCCCCCAAACCCCUCUCUCCAGUUUGAUCGGAAAUCCCCAGACUGGCAAGAGAAACACAUACAGACACACACAAAAUAACUGAAGUAUUGUUUUAACUGUAAUUUACUGUGCGUUGCAGCUGGGGGGAUUAAAUAAAAAAAACAAAGCCAGCUUCUGUAGCCUUUCGAGUGCGUGAAAGCUGGGCAGAAAUCGGUUCUGUAGGGGAACCAUGGAGUGGUUCUUGAAUCAUGUGCGUCAGUAGGUCAUUUUUUUGGACCUUAGAACCCCACCCAACCCCACCCCACCCCCUCCUCCGCUCUAGACUGGGUGUUUAGUUCUCCAUCCCAGUCUCCCCUGCAACUUCUCUUGUAGCAUAAAAAGAGAAUAGACAUACACCUCCUCAGUUCGAUCACCCUCAUACCUUAGCUAUUAGUUUCAUGACAUUUUGUGUAAAAAAAAAAAAGUAUAUAUAUAUAAAUAUAUAGUUUUUAUAAUCCUUUUUAUAUAAAUAAAGACUGCCAUAACAGCACUGAAAAUUUCAGUUUUUAAUUAAUUGGAGAGGAAGAGCGUUUGACCAUUCUGCCCCCCCCCCCCCAAUCCUACUCCCCUCUCUCGGCCUGGUCUUCUGCCGGUGAAGGAAGGCUAGCGUUCCCAGUCGUUCGCUGACUCGGGAACAGAUACAGGCCGGAUCCGGGGCCGAUCCACUCUGGCCACUGUCUGGGUCAUGUCUCCCAAAGCUUUCUGUUCCCCUGACCCGUAUCCCCCUCAUCCCCCCCCCCACCCGUGACUGUAGGACAAGAGGUGCACCCACAGGUCCUGGCUUCUGGAAGAGCUCUUAAAGAUUAUAAAGUUAACUGCAGCAUCCUAUCACUAUGUGAUAUUUUUGUACACCUUCUGUAUUAGAGUUAAUUUAUCACAGGGUUUAGACAUCUUUGCAAAAAAAAAAAAAAAACGCUAUCCGUGUAUUUAUUUCACAGUUUGGUUAGUCUUGUUCUUUAUUUCAUGAAAGAGUGCGGUCUUAGGAUGUCCGAGAUCUUUAUUUCAUGAAAGAGUGCGGUCUUAGGAUGUCUUCGAGAUCUUUAUUUCAUGAGAGAGUGCAGUCUUAGGAUGUCCUUGAGAUCCGCCUCCUGGAAAGAAGCAGGAGCGGCACUCGUAAAUAGAAGAUUUGAAAGAAAAUGGCGGCUUCCGCACAGCGAAAGAAGCCCCUUGGUGUCGCUACAGAUCAGUGCUUUGAAGCAUACGGAGGAACUGUUAUUUUUGGGGUAUUUCUGUUUUUCUUCAUUUUUUUUUUGGUUUCUUUUAAACGGAAGGGAUUUGAACGGCAACAUCCGAGAUGAAUCACGGUUCUAAGCAUCUUGUGUUUGGUUGUACUUUUUCCCUACUUUUAUCCUGUAAAACAUUUUAUUUUCAAACAUGCUACAGUUUAUGGUGUAACUAAAGAUUUUUUUUUUGUUUGUGUAAUGCAUGAUUAAUACAAUAAAGUAUUUUUUCUAGUCUUCCAAAAGGAAAAAAAAAAGUUCUGAUCAGUUUGCGAGUUUUGAUGAGUUUUGUAAGGUUUUUGAUUUACAAACUAUGAAUCAGCAGAUUUUAAAGAUUGUACCACAUAGCAAAAUACCGCUGUUGAAAAGUAAUGUAUAUAAAAUGUCUAUAAUAAAUAUUAAAUGGUGUACCUGUACAUACA